GCUGAAGCGAUUCGUAAGGACACCGGAAACGGAAAUGUCGUCGUAGAGAAGCUGGACCUGGCCUCGCUGAAGUCCGUCCGGGAGUUCGCAGCCAAGGCCAACGGCACGGAGUCUCGACUGGACAUUCUCAUCAACAAUGCUGGAAUCAUGACUUGCCCACAAUGGAAGACCGAAGACGGUUUUGAGAUGCAGUUUGGCACGAACCACCUGGGUCACUUCCUCCUCACCAACCUGCUGCUGGACAAACUCAAGAACUCCGCUCCCAGCCGGGUCGUCAAUGUCGCCUCUUCGGCGCACUAUGGAGGGCACAUCCACUUUGAUGACAUCAACCUGGAGAAGAGUUACGGACCAAUCAAGGCCUACUGUCAGAGCAAGCUGGCCAACGUGCUGUUUACCAAAGAACUGGAUCGAAGAAUGAAAG